GAAGGAGGUGAGGAACCACAGGCUUCUAAAGACUCUCCAAAAGGAAGGAAUGGUGAGAGGACGGUGUGGGGGCCAGCAAUAAGCAGCAACAUCCGAGUCUUAACCUCCAGGCCACGACCAACCCUUCGAAAUAUAUUUACCAUGGGGAAGGAGAAACAUAUCGAUGGAAAAGUACGUCCAAGCACAGCCUCUGAAUCCCGAACAUGUGCUUCGUUUGUUCCACCUCCCCUAGAGCGUCUAGACACAGUACCCAUAAUAAGGAGCAUUGAGAUUAUGCCCGGAAUACCAUGUGAAGGGAAAAGCGGAAACAAAAUGAUGGAUGAAAAAGUGGCAAACACUGAAACGAACGAUGACCCAUACCUAGACGAAAGGGAUACUGCGGAAUGUUCUGAUGGUGAUUCGGAUAUUGACGUCACUGAUAUAUUGGAAAAUUCUCAUAAAUCCAUUACAGUG